CAGCUGAACCACUCUCAGCCAUAAACUGAUGAUGACUCUCAGAAACUGAACUGUAAACUAGGCCAAAAAACUCCCUCCGACACAUACCACAUACAAACUACAUACACACACAGACACACCACGCAUACAUACUACACAUACAAACCACACACACACUACACACAAACUACAUAAUACACAUACCACAUACAAACUAUAGACAUACCACGCAUGCAUACUACACAUACAAACCACAUGCAUACACUACAUACAAACUACAUAUACAUACACCACAGAUACUACACAUAUAUACUAUAUACAUAGAGACCACCCACACUCCCCACACACACAAAAACACACUCACACAGAGACUUCACACCACACACACACACACACACACACACACACACACACACACACAAACACUCCAUAACCACUCACCCACACACACACACCAUACACACCACACACUUUUUUCUUGUGCUGCAACUCAGGGAAUUGUAUAUGGUAGACACACCAGAAGAAGGCAGCAGAUCCCAUUACAGAUGGUUAUGAGCCACCAUGUUGUUGCUGGGACUUGCACUCAGGACCUCUGGAAGAACAGUGCCACUAUGUGGAGAGCUCUGUGCGUGCCGAGGUGAAGAAGUCAGCUUUACCCUGAGGGUUCCACUUCCGUGUGGAACCAUACAUAAAAUCACACACUUGGGCUAAGUGCUGGGUGACAGGGAGGGACAAGUGUUGUGGAUUUGGAAGAGUGCCUGCAGAAGGGGGCCUAAGGUGUGACCACCCCUUUCCUCUCUACGGGGACUGCCACCACCCUCACAGACACCCAUGGUUCAUUGCCCGCUAGGUUCCUGCUUGCCCCAGCAUCCUCUGCGCAGCCACGCAGAAGCCGGGUGCCCCAGGGAGCCUGGCUGCCAUGCCAUCUCCUCUCCCUGUCUCCUUCCUCCUCUUCCUUACCUUAGUAGGAGGCAGGCCCCAGAAGUCCUUACUGGUGGAGGUAGAAGAGGGAGGCAAUGCUGUGCUGCCCUGCCUCCCGGACUCCUCACCUGUCUCUUCUGAGAAGCUGGCCUGGUAUCGAGGUAACCAGUCAACGCCCUUCCUGGAGCUGAGCUCCAGGUCCCCUCGCAUGGGUGUGCACGUGGGACCCAAGGGCAUCUCGCUAGUGAUUGUCAAUGUCUCGGACAAUAUGGGGGGCUUCUACCUGUGUCAGAAGAGGCCCCCUUUCAAGGACAUCUGGCAGCCUGCCUGGACAGUAAAUGUGGAGGAUAGUGGGGAGUUGUUCCGGUGGAAUGCUUCAGAUGUGGGGGACCUGGACUGUGACCUAAGGAACAGGUCCUCAGGGAGCCACAGGUCCACUUCUGGUUCCCAGCUGUAUGUGUGGACUAAAGGCGGUCCUAAGGCCUGGGGAACAAAGCCUGUAUGUGCCCCAUGGGGGAGCAGUCUGAAUCAGAGUCUAAUCAACCAAGAUCUCACUGUGGCCCCCGGCUCUACACUUUGGCUGUCCUGUGGGGUACUCUCUGUCCCAGUGGCCAAAGGCUCCAUCUCCUGGACCCGUGUGCAUCCUAAGACGCUUAAUGUUUCAUUACUGAGCCUAAACCUUGGGGGAGAGCACCCGGUCAGAGAGAUGUGGGUUUGGGGAUCUUUUCUGCUGUUGCCCCAAGCCACAGCUUUAGAUGAAGGUACCUAUUAUUGUCUCCAAGGAAACGUGACCAGUGAGAUGCACGUGAAGGUCAAUGCAAGGUCAGCAGUGUGGCUCUGGCUGUUGAAGACUGGCGGAUGGAUAGUCCCAGUGGUGACUUUAGUAUAUGUCAUCUUCUGUAUGGUUUCUCUGGUGACUUUUCUCUAUUUUCAAAGAGCCUUUAUCCUGAAAAGGAAAAGAAAGCGAAUGACCGAUCCCACUAGGAGAUUCUUCAAAGUGACGCCUCCCUCAGGAAACGGGACCCACAACCAGUAUGGGAAUGUGCUCUCCCUUCCUACAUCCUCCUCUAGCCAGGCCCAUGCUCAGCGUUGGGCUGCUGGUCUAGGGAGCGGCCCUGGGUCCUAUGGAAACCCACGCAUUGAAGUCCAGGAUGUUGGAGCUCAGAGCCAUGAAACAGGACUGGAAGAAGAAGGGGAGGCCUAUGAAGAGCCAGACAGCGAGGAGGACUCUGAAUUCUAUGAGAACGACUCCAACCUUGGGCAGGACCAGCUUUCCCAGGAUGGGAGUGGCUAUGAGAACCCUGAGGAUGAGCCCAUAGGUCCAGAGGAAGAAGACUCCUUCUCCAAUGCCGAGUCUUAUGAAAAUGCAGAUGAGGAGCUGGCCCAACCAGUUGGCAGGACGAUGGACUUCCUGAGCCCCCAUGGGUCUGCAUGGGACCCCAGCAGGGAAGCGUCCUCUCUUGGGUCCCAGUCCUACGAAGACAUGAGAGGGAUCCUGUACGCAGCUCCUCAGCUCCACUCUGUUCGGUCUGGUCCUAGUCACGAGGAAGAUGCAGACUCUUAUGAAAACAUGAAUACGUCUGAUGACCCAGAACCAGCAUGGGGAGAAGAGGGCCACAAGGGGACUUGGGGUACCACGUGACUCCCAAAUGACUAGCCUGGACUUCCUUAGGUCCCAAGAACCACAUCUGACUCUGAAAUCUGGAGAUCCCAAGCAGAUGGUGUCAGUCACUGAAAUAACUUGUUUAGGAUGUGUGUAUGCACACACACACACACACACACACACACACACUCUCUCUCUCUCUCUCACUCACACUCACGUGCAUAAACAAGCAGCGCUUCCUUCUGGCCCUUUUUGCUUUCCCCAAAUAAACUCAAUUAGCCACUCAAAUUCUGUGAAGCAUGCCCUGUGUGGGAGAAGAAGGAAAGAUGGGGUUGAAUCCAGCCUUGAAUCACCCAGAGGAAGGAGAGCUGAGGUCUGAAUACAUCCUGGCCCUAGCCUUCCCAUGGCCUGGCAUUCAGCCACCUAACAGCCAAUGAUGUAAAUAUGUUCAGCCACUAUUCCACGGUGUCCCCCAAGGGAGAGACAGUGAUGGGGCUGGCAGUCUGUUUGGUUGGAACCCCUGAUCACCCCUGAGCAAACUGGGAAACCCUGCCUGCCUUUCUCUUAACUCCACCUGCUCCGGGCUAACAGGUCAGUACCCCUCAUCUCAGAGUUUCCGGCAACCCACCAAGUGCCCGCCCAGGGGUUCGGCUUCUGACACACGUGGACAGCAUUCCAGCUCUGAGCUUACAUGUUCUCACCCCUUACCUAAGACCUAUAAAGCCCCCCUUCCUUAGCCCGGGUGUGCCAUUUCCCUGUCCCCUCUCCUGUCCUUGGGACCUGUGAACCUACUCAAGAGUUGCUCUCAAUAAAUCUGCCUUUAUACUUCUUCA